UGGAGGAAGAUGAGGGGCAGCCCAUCCUGUUGUUUUGGAAUAUUUUCUCAGGUGUGGCAGCAGAACAAGCUGCCUCCCAAGGUGAGCUCUCAAGGCGAUGGAUUCCACAGGCACCUCUUCUGCAUACGUAAUAACUCACUCUUCAUUUUAAUUUUCUUUUUAGCACGUAAUGAGCUGACUGAGAAACCCAAGCCCAAGGAGCUUGGGAGGAAAUUUAAGGAGCAUUUCUGGAACCAGAAGAUUUUGGCUCCUGCUUGGAUGCAUUGGAGAAGCGUGUCCGUCAUGGCCACCGUCCUCUCGCGCCGCCUGGGGAAGCGCUCCCUGCUGGGCACCCGCGUGGCCGUUCCCGACGGGAUCCUGGCGGCCUCCCAGAUUCCGGAAUUUUCCCCGCUCGAGGACGGAACGCCCGGAUCCCCCAAUCCCGGAUCCCCCAAUCCCGGAUCCCCCGGUCCCGGAUCCCCCAAUCCCGGAUUCCCGAAUCCCGGAAGUCUCCGGCAGCCCCACGGGCAGCAGGUCCUCGUCACUUCCCUGGAUGAGCAGAUCCAAGGAUUCCCGGCGUGCUGGAGGGCGCAGGACCCGCUCCAAGCCCCACCCCUGCGCACUUCCAGCAUUCCCGAGAGAUCCGUGUCCAGCAACAUCGACGUUCCCAAAAGGAGAUCCGACGCGGCCGUGGAGAUGGACGAGAUGGUGGCGGCCAUGGUGCUGACCAGCCUCUCCUGCAGCCCCGCCCUGCGCAGCCCCCCCUGCGGCCUCCCCCCCUCGCAGGCAGCCGGUGACCCCUGGAAGGACAGCGGGGACGUCUCGGACAGCGGCAGCAGCACCACCAGCGGCCACUGGAGCAGCGCCGGCAGCGCCACCGCGUCCCCUCCCCACCGCCCUGGCAGCGCCACCGCGUCCCCUCCCCACUGCCCUGGCACUGCCACCACGUCCCCGCCUCACUGUCCCGGCGGUGCCACCGCGUCCUCUCCUCGCCACGCCGGCAGUGCCACCGCGUCCCCUCCUCACUGUCCCGGCAGUGCCACCGCGUCCCCUCCUUACUGCCCUGGCGCUGCCACCGUGUCCCCUCCUCACCGCGCUGGCAGUGCCACCGCGUCCCCUCCUCACCGCGCUGGCAGUGCCACCGCGUCCCCUCUGAGCGAUGACGGCUUCGACACCGACCCCGAGCCCUCGGCGCCGGAGGAGCCCGCGCCGCGCCGCAGGAAGAACUCGGCGAAGGUGAUGUUCAAGUGCCUCUGGCCCGGCUGCGGCAAAGUCCUGCGCUCCGGCGUCGGCAUCAAGCGCCACGUCCGCACCCAGCACCUGGGGGACGGCUCUGAGCGCGAGGAGGAUUUCUACUACACCGAGCUGCGGGUGCCUGAGGAGCCACCCCCGGAGCUGCCACCACCCGCUGUCCCCGCUGUCACUGCUGUCCCCGGUGCCACCACUGUCCCCGCCGUCCCCGGUGCCACCGGGGCCAUCGGGGCCGUGUCCUGCUCUGCCCCCAUCGUCAUCCAGCCCGGCCCGGGCCAGCCCGGCCUGAGCCACUCGGCCCCCGGCUCCUUCUGGCACAUCCAGGCCGACCACGCCUACCAGGCUCUGCCCUCCAUCCAAAUCCCGGUGUCCCCCCACAUCUUCACCAGCAUCAGCUGGGCUGCUGCCACCUCCCCACUGCCGUCCCUGUCACCGGCGCGGAGCCGCUCCCUCAGCCUCGGCGACCCUCAGCUGCCGCCUCGGCCGCCGCCAUCGCUGCAGCCCCAGCUCCUCGUGGCCUCCCCGCCCCGCGCCUCCCUCGGCACCAGAAAAAUCCGCGGCGAAGCCAAGAAAUGCCGCAAGGUUUACGGCAUCGAGCACCGGGAGCAGUGGUGCACGGCGUGCCGCUGGAAGAAGGCCUGCCAGCGCUUCCUGGACUGAAUUCCGACGCCGUCCUCCCCUUUUCCCGCCUGGAAUUCCCUCAGGAAUCC